AUGGCUUCGGACUUCAAGUCUUUCGUUGCUUCCGCGGUUGGCCUAGAGGAUGAGAGUGGCGAUGAGGCAGAGGCAGAGCGGCAAAAGGCAGCUGCCAUGAAGAAGAGCAUCGCAAAUGUGUCUCCACGGUCCAGGCAAGAAGCGUCCAGUGCCAUCUCUGACUUCUGCCAGAAAUACCCGGCCGCCAGAGUGAGGCCCAACUCACAGGAGCUAGACAAGCUUUGGGCCAAGAUCAAGGAACUGAAGCCCAUCGCCUUGACCAGCGGCUCGGAUGCACGAAACUGCCUUGCUGCUAGCAACCAGUAG